AUGGUUGCACUACGUGCUGGUGCUUAUCCAAGCAAUUCUACCAGUACAUACGGCGACAUCUUCACGGCUUCGGGGAUUGUGCCAGAUCUCAUUCCUUCCUUCGCUGGGACUUCAUUGGAUCUUCGGUUCCCCGGUCUAAACACCACUGUCUCCAUUGGCGACGGGUUAGCACCGGCACAGGUGGCCUCUUUGCCCACGUUCUACCUGCCUGAGAUCUCCGACAACCGCACCGACCAAGUCUACGUGGUCAUCAUAUCUGAUCCGGACGCGCGCACUCCUCAAGACCGCAUCUACGCCAAUAUUCGCCAUCUCGUCGCACCUAACAUGAAGCCGGAUGCGGACGGCAAACUCGUCAAUUCGACACCUGCCCUAUGGGAGUACAUCCGGCCCAAUCCGCCUGACGGUUCUGCGCCUCAUCGAUACACGACAUUGGUGUACCAUCAGCCGUUUGACUUCGUAGACAUUGCGACGCCACUCGUCGACAAUACGAGCUAUAUCGCCUGGUCUCUCGAUGACUUCACCUUGGCGACGGGACUGGAGGAGCCCGUGGCAGGCACCUUCUUCCUCUCAGGCUCAAACGCCACAGCUGCACACACCACGGAUGGUCUUGAUGCUGCUUUCCAGAGUUCGGGUCUGGUGCCCGACCUGCUUCCGGAGUUCUCCAGUUCUGCGCUUUUGGAUCUAUCAUACCCGUCCAAUGCAGGCAACGGUAGCUUCAUCCCAAACGCCGGCAUGAAUCUCACAGUCGAGCAAGUGGCGGCUGAACCCGAGUACUUACUUACCUACAAGGCGCCUACCAUCACCAACUCCACCGAGUCAUUUGUCCUGUUCGUGCUCGACCCCGACGCACCAACGCCGGGUAAUGCCUCGGUGGCCAAUGUUUUGCACCAUCUUGCACACGGGCUUCGCCCGAGUGGCAACCUGAGCAUAUAUGCACCGCUGACAAACUCGACGCCCGCACUGGCCGACUAUGUCUCGCCUGCGCCGCCCACCGGUUCAGCUCCUCAUCGUUAUACCGUCCUGUUGUAUGCUGAACCCGAAGCCUUUGCUGAGAAGGCAGAAGGGCUCAUUCCGACUGAUCGGCUCUCCUUUAACCUUACUGCUUUCGCCGAACAGACUGGUCUUGCCAGGGCCCCCCUUGCCGGAAACUUCUUCUACAGCGCCCAGAAUAUUACUAUAUCUUAA